AUGCCGUGUGGUGUGGCAGGUGUGGUGUGGCAGGUGUGGUGUGGCAGGUGUGGUGUGGCAGGUGUGGUGUGGCAGGUGUGGUGUGGCAGGUGUGGUGUGGCAGGUGUGGUGUGGCAGGUGUGGUGUGGCAGGUGUGGUGUGGCAGGUGUGGUGUGGCAGGUGUGGUGUGGCAGGUGUGGUGUGGCAGGUGUGGUGUGGCAGGUGUGGUGUGGCAGGUGUGGUGUGGCAGGUGUGGUGUGGCAGGUGUGUGACGGAGUGUGGAGGGUGUAA